UGUGCAUCACCUGCCUUUUACUCACUUCCUAAACUUCAUUCCAUUCCUAACUCCUGCAUCUGUUUUUUUUUUUUGUUUGUUUCAGAGCUGCCAAUUUAUAUUUCCUAUUUUUAGUUUUCCUGAACUGGGUUCCACUGGUGGAAGCCUUCCAGAAAGAAAUUACCAUGUUACCUCUAGUAGUAGUUCUGACAAUUAUUGCAGUUAAAGAUGGCCUUGAGGAUUACUCAAAAUACAAACUAGAUAAGCAGAUAAACAACCUGUUAACUAAAGUAUAUAGCAGGAAAGAGAAGAAAUACAUAGAUCAGUGCUGGAAAGAUGUUAAUGUUGGGGACUUCAUUCGACUUUCAUGUAAUGAAAUAAUUCCUGCUGAUAUGGUGGUGUUAUACUCUACUGAUCCAGAUGGGAUCUGUCACAUUGAAACAGCCAGCCUUGAUGGAGAGACCAAUCUGAAGCAGAGGCAGGUGGUGAGAGGAUUUGCAGAGCAG